UAGUAGAUAUCAGUUGGUGCUGAGUGCUCCACGAGAAUGAACCGGGACGGAUUGCUUAACAAAACUCUCAGUCCUCCUCUCUCGAGAAUAUCCAUUUCCAAUGGGCCAUCUCUUUCAAAUUCCUACGGCGGAGGACAAUUCCGAGAACCAAGUUGGAUUCCAUCAAUACGCGGCUCAAAUGGAUCGCUGUCGUUUCCGUCAAGAUCGAACAACCUGAUACCGACAAGCGUAUUCGACUCGUUCGAUGACUCGCAUCUACUUGCUCCGCAACUCGAAGCUUCUCCCAAAUACCUGACGAAACCAUCAAAGCAGAGUGGCUUCUCCAUUCCUGGUUUGCACUCGUCGCAUUCAGCUGACUCUGGAGGCUACGAUGCGCACGAUAUUUUGGACCAGAUAUCUGCGUCCUUACAACCAACAGUCAGUGAAUCUCAAUUUGAUAAACCAUUCGAAACUCCUUCUCCUAUUAAUAUCGCGUCGGGACAUUCGCUGCACGCGUUACACUCGGCAAUCGGUCAGCCUGCCGAUGAUAUGAACCCACGAGAGCUGGAAUGGUUCGCGGAACGCUUCAAGCAAAGAAGAAUUAAACUUGGAGUAACACAGGCCGAUGUCGGGUCCGCGCUUGCACAUUUGAAAAUCCCUGGUGUUGGUUCCCUCAGUCAAUCCACUAUCUGCAGGUUUGAGUCGCUUACUCUUAGUCACAAUAACAUGAUGGCACUAAAGCCUGUGCUCACAGCGUGGCUCGAGGAGGCAGAAAAAGCGUAUAAAACCAAGCAGUGCAACAGCGCAUUUCUCCCGAACUCCGACAAGAAACGUAAACGCACGUCUAUCGGCGCGGCGGAAAAGCGCUCACUGGAAGCGUACUUCGCAAUGAAUCCGCGACCUUCUAGCGACAAAAUUGCGUCUAUCGCGGAGAAACUGGACCUUUCUAAAAACGUUGUACGCGUUUGGUUUUGUAACCAGAGGCAGAAGAAGAAGAGAAUGAAGUUCUCCGUACAUUAACUCAGGGAAUUCUUUUCCUGUGUUGAAUUACGGCGCAAAGUCUAGCCCUGGAAUGUGUCUGGGGAGUUCGGCUGCUGCGACUCAAACGUUGAACUAAUUUUUAUUUAUAACCUGAAAUUCCCGUGAAUGGUUGAAUGAAAAUAAUGGACAUCUACGCCGAGGUUAUGAAAUCUCCUUCAAGGCGAAAUGUGCGAAGAAGCUUGAACUUACAAAUACAAGCUAAGUGAAGAAUAACUAAAGAAAUAAUAGAGAGAAACCGCGCCAGGCUGUUAACAAAUGCCGUUGAAGACAACUUAUUAUCUCCCAGAGAAGUUGUUUUGAAUUGCUCGUGGACAAAUAUUAUUGAACAAAUUCGCGUUGGUUUUAACAGAGAUGCGAAAAAUUCCUUCGCAUUAACGACGUUAACUUCCGGGCUUUCUCAUAAGUUCCUUCCGAGUGUUUUACUCCGAGAAAAUUUCACUAGAAAGGUAACAAUCGAGGAAAACAUAGAUCUCUUUCCGCACCUGCCAACGAGGCCAAAACUAAUUCUUUACAUUUGAACAAGUUUGAAUCCAUUACAACUAGUUGUGUAUGUAAAUUUCUCCCUUUUUGACGAAAAACCGAUUCGGGAUGCCGAUGUUUAGUUUAACAAUUUGACAAGAAAUAACCCAGAAAUUAGUACUUCAAAAUAAGAAACGCGUAGCCUGUCAAAUAAACGGUUUUUCUUCAAAUAAGGCUGUACCGAUGUUAAUUACCGGCUCGGGGCUAGCUAUUGUAAAGCAGUUUGGUGGCAUGGAAAUGAGUUUAUUAAUUGCUCAAAGUACUUGAAAUGUAAAGACUACGAGACCCGAUACAAACGAAGGGCUUAUCUUCCGAGCGCCUAAAGAAUAUAUUUUGAAAUUUUAUAAGUUUAACAAAUCUUUUAUGAAUCCCUUUAGUGUAUUAUAACGUCUGUACAGAAUUUAUGAGAGUUGCUCUUCAUGUUAGAUUCAAGUUGCAGUAUUCAAAACAAUUGUUGUCCUUGCCAAGACGGUGGCAAACGUUGUAAUAAAAAUAUUCUCGUUUAGCAAAAUUUCUAACUAAUCGCCCUUAACUGGCCGAGAGUUUUAAUAAAGCCAUUUAAACAGA